AUGAUGGGUGCUUCCAAUUUGAUGAUGGGCUUAACCCUUGUUCUCGUCGUCUGUCUCGCCGUCGUUCUGGGCUUAGUCUUGGUUCUAUUGGCUGAACUCUACUGCUCCAUCUUACUCCGCCGCCGUCAGCCACCACCCACCACCACCGAAGAUCAUAUAACCACCACGGACAACAACACCUUCUUACCUCCUCCUAUAGCUCCUCCAUCACUCAACAACUUCUACGCGCACGGCGUUCUUGCAGCUCCAAGAAACAUCCUUUACCCUGCAAUCUCCGGUGCCGGCGACAUAGAGAAGCAGCAAGAGCUUCCUCCACCGCCGGAAAAUCAAGAAAAUGGGUAUCUCCGAAAAGGGUGUUCUGGGAAUUACUCCGGUCGGACGGAGGAGGAUUUGGUUUAUAUUUCGAAUCCUAUGUAUGACGAUGAGAAUGGACGGCGGAGCAGGGCUGCAGGGAAUACUCCGUUUGAGACGCCGGACACCUCGCCGUCGCGGCUGGAGACGGAGGGUUCGUCUGGAGAGGAUGAGAGAGAGGAUGUAACAUCUUUGAAGACGGUGUUGACGCCGCCGUUAACGCCGAUGAAGAAGCUUCCGGCGGAGGUGAAAGACGGUGGUGGUGGUGGUGGCGGUGGAGAUUUGAAUGAAGCUUCUUCUUCGUCUUCUUCAGAAACUCUCUCUCUUUCUUGGUGA